AUGGGAGGACACCUUGAAUCUGGUCCUGGAAAUGGACAUGAACAGCCCACUUCUUCUCAGCUACAGUACCUCGAUCUCGCCUUUGACAGCAAAGACCUUGAUCAUUCUGCUCUCUCAUUAGCCUACAGAAUUCAGCCAAAGUGGCGGGACGCACCAGGCAAGAUCGAAAUCACCAAGUUUACCGAAGGCAUCACCAAUACGCUUCUCAAGCUGACCAAACAUGUCCCGGGCUAUUCUCAGAGUCAGCUAGAUCAGGACUCGAUUCUCCUGCGUGCCUACGGGAACAAUACCGAGAUACUCAUCGACCGAGACCGAGAAGCAAGUACACAUGCUUUGUGUGCCGACCGCGGAUUGGCGCCACCUUUGCUAGCAAGAUUUAGGAAUGGUCUGCUCUACAGAUACAUUCCUGGCCAAGUGUGUACUCCCCAAGACCUCAUCCGGGAGCCUGUAUGGCGCGCGGUCGCAGGGAGAUUGGGCCGGUGGCAUGCAAAAUUGCCCAUCAGUAAGGUGAAGAACGCUUCUCAUGAUACCAAUGGUCAUAAGGAGAAUGGCAUUCCUUCUGAGCAUACCAAAGCUCUGUGCGAUCCUGCCUCGAAAUUGCCUACCCCAAACAUUUGGUCAGUAAUGCGAAGAUGGAUUCACGCUCUGCCACACGAUUCCCCAAAGCACAAGGCCCGCAAAGAACUUCUCCAGCUUGAGCUCGAUCGAUCAUUUAACGAUCUGCAGAAUGACCAAGGCCCGGGGACAAGCGGACUCGUCUUUGGUCAUUGCGAUCUGCUGAGUGCCAACGUUAUCAUGCUGCCUAAGGACCCUAGUAGUGACGCAAACGACAAACUUGAGGUGUUCUUCAUCGACUACGAAUAUGCAGUACCAUGCCCGGCAGCCUUCGACAUUGCCAACCAUUUUGCGGAAUGGGGUGGUUAUGAUUGUGAUUAUACCAUGCUCCCCACCAAGUCCGUACGGCGCCAGUUUCUGCAAGACUAUCUCAAUUCGUUCAAAGCCCACAGCGACAAACCUGUCCCAGAAACCAUGCUUGACUUUUUGUGUGCAGAGGUCGAUAGAUACCGUGGUAUGCCUGGUUUCUACUGGGGCGUAUGGGCCCUGAUACAAGCUACAAUCUCGCAAAUUGAUUUUGAUUAUGCCUCGUACGCCGAAGUACGACUUGGCGAGUAUUUUGCUUGGAGAGCAGAAGAGAGCGGCAGUCGGGUCAAAGAGAACGGAGAGAUACCUCUGCGUGAGAAGAGAUGGGCAGAGCCUUGA